AUGUCCUUGCGUUCCAUGAAGGCUGUUGUUGUUUAUAAUCCUCACCCCCAUAUAGUGUUGUUCAGAGAGUUGGCUGGGCACAAAAAUUCAGCUGCAGAAGAGGUCGGUGAUGAGGAUAAUGCAGUCUACCUUCGAUCAUUGGAUCCCAAAGACUGGAAAACAAACGACCACUAUGCGGUUCUCAAUUUAAGCAAGCAGAGGUAUCGGGCUUCUGAUGAGGACAUUCGGAAAAGAUCCUUCGAAAUCCUUGGGAACCCUUCAAAGCGUCAUGCUUAUGACAGCGUGGACCCCUUCUUGUCAGAGUACAUACCAUCUUUAGAAGAGAUCAAGAAGGAUUUCUUUGGGACUCUUAAUAAGUUUUUUCUAGAAAAGGCAAGGUGGUCAAAGCACCAGCCAGCGCCUUUUUUGGGUCACAAACAGUUGCCACUUGAUCUAGUCCAUCGUUUUUAUGAUUUCUGGGAGGGCUACGAAACUACAAAGGACUUCUCGUUCUUGGAUGAAGAGGACAAAGAAAAGGGCGAAGAUCGCGAAGCUCGCCGUUACAUUGAACGGUGCAAUCGUGCGGAACGUCAACGUCGACGUAAUGAUGAGCACAGGAAAGUGCAUCAGGUAGUUGACCUUGCUCGCUCUCAUGACCCUCGUCUUCUUGCCGCGGAGAAAGCAGCUCGUGAGGCCAAGGAGGUUCGCAAACGCGAACGCCUAGAGGCAAUUCGAAAGCGUCGCCUCGAAGAGGAGGAUCGCGCAAAGGCUGAGGCCGAGGCAUUGGAAGCGGCUCGAGCUGCUGAUGCUGAACGCCAGAGGCAGGAAGCAGAAUUGCAACGAAAGGAGCGAGAACAGAAUAAAGCUUUGUUAAAGAAGGAGAAGAAGCGCCUGCGGAAUGCUUGUGCUAACCAAUGGGGUCACUUUAUUGUUCCUGCUCGGAUUGAAAAUCCUUCAGUCACUGAAGACGCCGUAAAAUUGCAGACCUUACAGGAUAUUGAUCUCCUCUGUCAUGUACUCUCUACUAUUGAGCUGGCAGAUUUUAAUGCAAAACUUGAGAAUGCAGGUGAUGCCAACGAGUCUUUCAAUGUAUGGAAGGCAGAGGUUGCCAGGGUACGCAAGAAAUCCGCAGCCCCCGGUCUGAGGCCCAUCAGUGAUUCUAAAUCCGCUUGCUCUGUUUCUAACAGCACUGAGGCGAUCUCAAGGUGGACCUUCGAAAUGAACCAACUCCUCAUAAAGGCUGUCAAUCUCUUUCCUGCCGGCACGCAGAAACGAUGGGAGGUCAUUGCGGCCUAUGUAAAUCAACACGAGAGGGGUGUCGAAGUGACGGGGAAGGAGGCUCUUAAACAGGCGAAAAAUAUUCGACAGGAUUAUAAUGCUAUGAAACAGGAGGCCAAUGAAAAGGCGUUUAACAGCUUUGCUAGCAGCACCAAGGCGUCAGACGCCACAAAGUCGGUUACGAUAACCAACCAGAUUGAAGCUGAAGCUGAUCGUCCCUGGACGUGGGCAGAGCAGCGAGCUCUGGAGAAAGCGCUGCGCGAGAACCCUAUCAGACCCGAUGAGCCAAGCACCUUGCGCUGGCAGCGCAUUGCAGACGAGGUAGCCACACGAACUAGUCGCGAAUGUGUUCAGCGCUACAAAGAUCUGGUCGAACAGGCACGUCUUCCUUUGAACAUUUUUACCCUAGUUUGA